CGAUCGAGAAGAAUAAUCACGAUAAAAGGGAGAUCAGGUGUACCACAUUUUUCAAGAACCAGUUGGAAGAAGAACUUUAAGGCGCAGUCCUAUUUAAAAUGGCUACUCAGCUUGGAACGUAAACUGAUGCCUGAUUGCAGUGGAUGCAGUUCGAAAGAUCUGCUGGUUCCACUUGCAGUAGCCAAUAGGAGAGCAGCAUUUCUUGUCACUUUCCCUUGGAUCGCCGAUGAUGGGUGCUUUCUGAUUGGUCAGACAACGGGGGAUUUACUUUCGGCGCGAAAUAUGACGUUUUGCUCCGCGCGCGCAAUGGAAACUCGACAUGAGUUCGAACACGUUGCAAGUGGUGAUGCCGAAACUUCCGGGAACGGAGCUGUCAGCAACUGUCAAAUUGGGCCAAGCGGAGAAGUGUCAAAAGUCUAUCGAGGAGGAAAAAGACAAAGCAACGUAGAAGCCAACACUGACAUUUCAUGUGAAAGGGAGAAAAAAGGAACAGUUAACAGAAGAAUUACACGCCGUUGGUAGAAUCAUGGAUAAAGUACAACUAAUUGACAUACUUUCUAAAUACAACCAGGAACAUCUGCUUCGCUUUUGGGAUGAACUUUCAGAGAGCGAUAGAUGUCAGCUCAGACAAGAUAUUCUGGAACUUGAUCUCGCAGAGACCAAAUUAUAUUUUUCCAAAGCUAUGGAAGGAUUAGGUAACAAACAGUUGUUAAAAGAGAGGAUUAGUCCGAUUCCAUCCGAAGCGAUAUCCUCGUAUCGGGACAUUAGUCCUGAAAAGGUGCAACACUACGAGGAAUUAGGAUUAAAGGAAAUUUCUGAGGGGCGUGUGGCUGUCAUUUUAAUGGCUGGUGGUCAGGGUACUCGUUUAGGUAUGACAAAUCCCAAAGGAAUGUGCGAUGUUGGUUUACCUUCCUCCAAGACGUUAUUUUGCUUACAAGCAGAACGUAUACGAUCUUUACAAAAUAUAGUUGAGAAAAAGUUUGGAAUACGUAGCAAGAUAAUGUGGUAUAUACUCACAAGCGAGGCAACCGAUCAGCCUACAAUUGAGUACUUUCAAGCAAACAACUAUUUUGGCCUCGAUGAAGAAAAUGUGAAAAUGUUCAAGCAAGGCAUGCUUCCUUGCUUCACUCUUGAUGGAAAAAUCAUUUUAGAUAAGAAAUACCAGAUAUCUAAAGCCCCUGACGGUAAUGGUGGACUGUAUCGGGCACUUAAAGUUCAAGGAAUAUUGGAUGACAUGAAGAUACGCGGAAUUCGGAGUGUACAUGUACAUUCGGUUGACAAUAUUUUAAUCAAAGUAGCAGAUCCUGUCUUCAUAGGGUACUGUCUGUCUAGAUCGGCAGAUUGUGGAGUCAAAGUAUUAGGAAAAUCAUCUCCCACUGAAGCAGUGGGCAUCGUUUGCCAGGUUGACGGAGAGUACCAUGUGGUCGAAUACAGUGAAAUUCCUCUGGAAAUUGCCCAGCUUCGUAACAACGAUGGUCAAUUACUUUUUAACGCCGCCAACAUUUGCAAUCAUUAUUUUACUGUAGAUUUUUUAUAUGAAAUUGGACAUAAUUGUGAGACGAAUAUGGAGUUGCAUGCUGCCAAAAAGAAAAUUCCAUAUGUAGACGACAAUGGCGUAAAAUGCACGUCAACAAUUCCAAAUGGUAUAAAAAUCGAGAAAUUUAUAUUCGACGUGUUCAAAUUUUCUACCUACUUCGCAGCUUUAGAAGUAAAGCGCGAGUAUGAAUUUAGUCCAGUAAAGAAUUCCGACUCUGUUGGAAACGAUUGCCCAUCUACUGCCAGAAAAGAUUUGUUAAAUCUUCAUCGGACCUGGUUAUUAAAUUCAGGAGCUGCGUCGGUCAAAGGAGACGUUGAGGUGUCUCCGUUGAUAUCUUAUGCGGGAGAGAAUCUAACCGAAAUUGUGCAAGGAAAAGAUUUCGAAGGACCAUUAACAUUGAAGUGA